AUGAGGCCAUGUUUGGUUCCCUUUGCAGACAAUGUCGAACAUGGAGACGAAAAAGUUCUACCGAAUGCUAAGCCGGGCGAACAAGACUGGGCUGCAGAUACACAACUCAGCCCUGCUGCUAAGUCUAAAAGUCAGCAAAAGAAAAGCUCUGAAACAGAAAAGAAUAGCGCGGAUAAGUCCAAACGUCCUACGGAACUUGGUGCACGAAAACAGAUGGCAUUCCCAUUAUCGGCGAAGGAGCGGAUUGUUGACGGAGCAAACAAGGACGAGGAGGCGCAUCCAGCAGUGGGUGAUCAUGCAAGUGACCGGGGUGAGCAGCCGAACCCAACAGAUGCGAACGGCCAGGAACCAGUUAACAAAAACGACGAUGUGAGGAGUUCUUUUGCAAUACCUGAGCUGGAUGCCUUACAAGGUGAAAAUUCCAAAUACUUGGAUGACAUAUUCAACAGCGAAGACGACCCUGCCAUUACGCCGUCAUAA